CUAAACUGUCAUACACAUCAACGUAACGUGUACGGAGUACCACCUGCCCACUACCUAUAUACGAUGACUCGAUUUUCUCCUCCCUCCCUCCCUCACCCCCUUUGUAUUUUGCCUGUCUCCGAGGAAACCAGAAAAACAAUGGCUUUCUGCAGGAGGAAGGACGGAUGAGUAUAUGAGAAGAAGUGGGAAUACAGUAUGCGAACGCUUUGUGAUGUGUGCGAGAGCGCCGCUGCCAUCCUCUUCUGUGCCGCCGACGAGGCCGCCCUUUGCCGUUCCUGUGACGAAAAGGUCCAUCUGUGUAAUAGACUUGCCAAUAGACAUGUACGGGUUGGGCUAGCCACACCCAGUGACAUUCCUUGCUGUGAUAUUUGCGAAAAUGCACCUGCGUUCUUUUACUGUGAGGUAGAUGGUAGUUCUCUUUGCCUGCAGUGUGAUAUGAUUGUACAUGUCGGUGGGAAAAGAACCCAUGGGAGGUAUCUCCUCUUCAGGCAGAGAGUUGAGUUUCCAGGGAAUAAGCUUGGCCGUUCAGAGGAACUAGGACUUCAACCACUUGACCAAAAGAAGGUACGAAGGGACGAAAAUCAGCUGCCCGAUGUAAAACCAAAAGAGAAUGAACAUAAUCACAAUAUCUCUCCAACUGCAGUCCUAGAAAACAAUAUUGACGGUGACUACAAGAUAGACAAUACAUUGAUUGAUCUUAAUACCAGGCCCCAAAGAAUACGCAGGCAAGCUUCAAAACCAGGAACAAGGUGUGGGUGUUCUAUAUGGCUUGAAUGACGAAUCUGUAAGUGUCGUUCCAGUUGGAUCCUUCAAAAAAUAGCCUGAAAAGUGAGAAAGAUGUUGUGGACAAACUACCGGAUGAAAACUCUUUUGAGUUUGUAUUAUCACAAGCAAUGUGUUUAGCUUGAAAGAGAGAUAAGUGAGAGUCAUUAGUACAGUUUGUUCAAAGUUAAGUUAUCGAAGUACAAUGCCGCUGUUGACAUUCCUCUUACUUGCACUUCGAUGACAUUUUUAUCAAAUCUUAGAAAGGAAAUGUGAACUAGUUUCAAUUGAAGUUGAAUGCUUCCCCAAAAACUCAUGUGAUUUGGCUUUUAAAUGAGAACUUAAUCAGGAUUACUUA